AUGCCAUGCAUCUGUCCUGUCGAAGGUUUGCCCAAAGUAUUCUUCCAUACUGAUCUGGGAACCUACACAAACAAAAACCUACAAGUACCUGAUUAUCUCAGAUUGUUGGCUUUUAAAGCCAUCAGCAACAUCCCUAAACAUGCCAUGAAAAUUUUUACUGAUGGAAGCAAAAAUGACCUUAGUCAGACCGGAAGCGGAAUUUUUAUCGAAAACCACUCCUUAAAACUUUCUAGACGUAAUCCAGAUAACUGCUCGGUUUUUAGGAGCAAACUCAUCGCCAUUGACGUCGGAUUGGAAACCAUCCUAAGUGACACUGGCUCUGAGGACAUUUGGAUACUUAGUGACAGUCGUAGUGCAAUUCAGCACCUACAAAAUUGCCAUCAGGUCAGUGACCAAGUAGGUUUACAAAUACUGGAGAAACUAAAACACAUGUCUCAAAAACGAGACACUCAAAUUCAGUGGAUACCUUCUCACGUAAAUGUGUCAGGUAAUGAAAUUGCUGACUUGUUGGCCAAAAGGGGCUCCAUAGAGACUUUGACUAGUCUCGACUCCUUCACUUUCCAAGAAAUUUCUUCUGUGUGGAACAGAAACUGCAAGUAA